AGACUUUGGACUGCAAUCUACCUUCAACAUAGAGUCCUGUCUCAUCAGAAGACUGGACAUAACACCAUAGAAGAAAGGAAACAGGGGUGGAUUGAGUAUGAGAUGAGAUUGUGGCUUUGUGCAGAGGCACCAUGGUGGACUUCAGUGUCAGUAGUGACCUAUCCACCAUAUUCUACCUCACUGGAAUUCCUGGCUAUGAAGUGGUACACCACUGGAUCUCCAUCCCUUUCUGCAUCUUCUACCUGGUUGGGGUAGUGGGCAACUGUACCAUCCUUCACAUAGUUCGAACUGACCCAAGCCUCCAUGAACCCAUGUACUUUUUCUUGGCCAUGUUGUCUCUCACUGAUAUGGGCAUGUCCCUUCCCACUCUUGUAUCACUCUUCCGAGUACUGUGGUCCAUCUCUAGGGAGAUUGAAUUCAACACCUGUGUGAUACAGAUGUUCUUCAUCCAUACUUUCUCCUUCACAGAAUCAGCAGUGCUCCUAGCAAUGGCCUUUGACCGCUAUGUAGCUAUCUGUAACCCCCUGAGGUAUUCCACCAUCCUCACCCCACAGCGCAUUGCCAAGAUUGGAGUAGCAGCUUUCCUCAGGAGUGCAUUCUGCAUGAUUCCACUUUUGGUUCGUCUUGCAUACUUUCCCUUUUGCCGCUCCCAUGUCCUCUCUCACUCUUACUGCCUACAUCAGGACAUGAUUCGCUUGGCUUGUGCUGAUACCAAGUUUAAUGUCAUCUAUGGGUUGGUUUUAAUUACCGUGCUAUGGGGAUUUGACUCCCUAGGCAUCUUGGUGUCCUAUAUUUUUAUUCUACGUUCUGUGCUGAGCAUUGCAUCUCGGGAGGAGAGGCUCAAAGCCCUCAACACAUGUGCCUCUCACAUCUGUGCUGUACUCAUUCUUUAUGUGCCAAUGAUUGGCCUGUCCAUAGUACACCGUUUUGCAAAGCAUGCUUCCCCGCUUGUCCAUAUCCUUAUGGCCCACAUCUACCUGCUUGUGCCCCCCGUGCUCAAUCCUAUCAUCUACAGUGUAAAGACUAAGCAGAUCCGUAGAGGGGUCGUACGUCUACUUGCCCCUAAGAGAAUUUGUUCUAUUCUAGGGUAG